AUGUUCGAGUCGUUUUCGGACAUAAAAUCAUAUGACAGAUUUGGACAUAAGACACGCUCGAUAACUAAUGCGCUGACUUUCAUGAUAGCAAACGACAAUAUGCCAUUAUCAACCACCGAAAAUAAAGGAUUUAAAUAUCUUAUGCAAAAAGCAGCGCCUAUGUAUAAACUUCCUUCCAGGAAUACAACAACUAACUUAAUAAAAAGUAAAUAUGAAGUGUUAUCAAAUUUAAUUAAAUCCAAACUCAGUGUGAUUGAUUAUUUAACAUUAACAUCAGACAUCUGGACUGGUACAAUCAACACGUAA